AGUGCGGUCACUCUGUUCACGUCCCGUCACGCAAGCAUCGUCGUCCAUUUUUGCCAAGAAGCGAGACGAAAAUUUGUAAAUUAUAGCAAGCGAGUCGUAGAGGACGAACACCUAUUGACAGUGCAUUUCAGUGGCCUUUGGAAUACUGCUCAAAUAACCAGCAAGCAAUAACAUUACUAAUAUCUACCCAAAAACCUAAACUAAAAACUUAAAUCGAAGUUGGAACGUAAAUGUACGUGCGUAUGUGCCAGCGGAGUAGUGGCACAAUAAAAAAGUAAAUAAAGCGCGUGUGAAGUGGUGCAGAAAGCGAAUACACAGUCGGACGGCAAAACCGAGAAACGUAUUAACCCGACGCUUGAUCAUCCAUCUGCAGCAUCCAUCAUCCGGAAUCGAGGCAAUAAUCAGCAGCUAGCGACAAUCAAGCAAGCCAUCUAUUCAUCAGAAGAGCACCGAGAAGUAGAACCUCAAUCAUAGCGAUGGCCUGUGCAACCCUGAAACGCGCCCUAGACUGGGAGUCGAUGAACCAGCGUCCUCCUAAGCGCCGGCGCUGCAAUCCCUUUGGCCAGGCCGGGAACAACGCCGGUCCAGCGUCGCCGUCCCGUGACCGCGAUGGUCCCAGCACCUCGGCUGGUCUGCCUCACACGCCCAGCAACCGAUUCGCCAAGGACAACACCGAACCCAGUCCGUUCAGCGAGGCUUCGCUGGCCAAAAUGUCUCCAGACAAAAUGGCCGAGAGCUUGUGCAACGAGAUCAAGAGACUGCACAAGCGCAAACAGCUGCCGAUCACCUCGGCGGCUUUGGAGCGCAUGCAGGAUUCGGAGUCCAGCGGAUCGGAGAUGGGUCCGGAGAGUCCGCGUCGCCCGGACAGCCCACAGAACCUGAUGCGCCACGGCGAGAAGGCCCUGUUCACGUUCAAGCAGGUGCAGCUCAUUUGCGAGAGCAUGAUCAAGGAGCGCGAGAAUCAGCUGAGGGAGCGCUACGAGUCCGUGCUGACCACCAAGCUGGCCGAACAGUAUGAUGCCUUCGUCAAGUUCACAUAUGAUCAGAUACAGCGUCGCUACGAGGCAGCGCCUAGCUACCUGUCGUAAAGCUGUGUAGGCAGCUGGAGCCUCAGAAAAAAGAAAUUAAUAAUUGCACUACGAUCUUAUGUGACGGUAGAUCUACCGCGACAACAACAGCCCUCAUAAACUAAAACAAACAACAAAUAAGGAAACUAAAGCAAACGCAAAACAAACCAACAAAAAACCUAAAAAGCAAAAAACAGAAAAACAAACAAAAAAAAAAAACAAACUACAACAUACAUCGUGUUUAAUAUAUUUUGAAAUACACGCGAAGAAAGCAGUUAUAGUUUAUGCCUAGAUUUACAUAUAUAUUGUAUCGGUUAGCAGCAAAGGGAUGAAUUAUUUAACAGCAAGCAGAAACCACAAAAGAAUGAAACCAACAAAACUUGUUAAAUUUAUGUUUUUCACAUAACGAAAAUUCUAAAUAAAAUGACAAAUAUCUAA